GGAGGGAACAGCAGGCCCUCUGGCAGUGAUAAAGAACAGUUGAAAUGGACUUAGAAGAAGGCCCUUUCUGAUGUCCCUGCAGCCUGACCGGGUCCAAAACCUUCAUCCGGAGCCGGCAGGAGAGGAGAACGAUGUUUAACUCGGUCAACCUGGGCAACUUCUGCUCGCCGUCGCGCAAGGAGAGGGGCGCUGAUUUUGGCGAGCGAGGGAGCUGCGCCUCCAACCUCUAUCUGCCCAGUUGCACUUACUACAUGCCCGAGUUCUCCACGGUCUCCUCCUUCCUGCCCCAGGCCCCCUCUCGUCAGAUCUCCUAUCCCUACUCCGCCCAAGUGCCCCCGGUCCGGGAGGUCUCCUACGGCCUGGAGCCCUCCAGCAAGUGGCACCAUCGGAACAGCUACUCCUCCUGCUAUGCGGCGGCCGACGAGCUUAUGCACCGGGAGUGCCUGCCUCCUUCCACCGUCACCGAGAUCCUCAUGAAAAACGAAGGCUCCUACGGCGGCCACCACCACCCCAGCGCCCCGCACGCAGCCCCCGCCGGCUUCUACUCGUCAGUCAACAAGAACAGCGUCCUGCCUCAAGCCUUCGACCGUUUCUUCGACAACGCCUACUGCGGUGGCGGCGACGCACCCGCCGAGCCCCCCUGCUCGGGCAAGGGCGAGGCCAAGGGGGAGCCCGAGGCGCCCCCGGCCUCGGGACUAGCGUCCCGGGCUGAGGCGGGUGCCGAGGCCGAAGCUGAGGAGGAGAACACAAAUCCCAGCUCGUCCGGUUCAGCCCACUCCGCGGCCAAGGAGCCGGCCAAAGGAGCCGCCCCCAACGCCCCCCGCACCCGCAAGAAGCGCUGCCCUUAUUCGAAAUUCCAGAUCCGGGAACUGGAGCGAGAGUUUUUCUUCAACGUGUAUAUCAACAAAGAGAAGCGGCUGCAGCUGUCCCGGAUGCUGAACCUGACGGACCGACAAGUGAAAAUUUGGUUUCAGAACAGAAGGAUGAAAGAAAAAAAACUGAGCAGAGACCGGCUGCAGUAUUUCUCGGGAAAUCCGCUGCUGUAACCGCAGACCGGGCCCUUUUGGGGAAGGGGGAAAGGGGGAAAUUAUUUUAUUUUAUUUUUAUUUUUUAUUUUCUAACUCGUCUUCUUUCCGCGGGUGGAAAACUGGACUGUGGCCAGGGCUGGCCCCCACUGCCGUUGCUGGCACUUCUUUCCGGAGCCUCCUUCACCCUCGCCUGACUCUCGCUGUGGGACAGGGACCGAGCCUGGAAAGGGGGUGAAGGGAAGUGUCUGACUUACAGCGAGUGGACACCCUUGGCACCGAGGCCAAGACUCUUUAUUUAAAAGAAAACACACCUCGGCGACAAUGUCUUGCUGCUCAGAUUGGGUGGGGGAGGGGCGACAGUAGCGAGCGCCUGAGCCGAACACUCCUCAAACUAAAAGCCUUCCCUUGCCCAAGUGAAAAGAUCCGCUAAGACACCAUGUCUGUCAGCGGAAACCUCCCCGGCUCCCCGCCCCUACCCCACCUUGCCCCACUAUUAGGGGGCAGCUAAAUGUGAUCCUGCCUUGCUGUGAAAUUCCUGUACUUUCGACCUGGUGUUAGGUGUGCAAAGUCCGUGUCCUACCUCCGUCCUCACCCAGGCCCCGCCCGAGCCUAGUUGUCCUCCCUGUGAAUGUGUAGAGCCCUCCUUUGAAAUUUCUUAACUGGUGCAUUGAGGUUUCCUAACCUUUUUCCAAGCAGUGCCCCACUCCAUGGAUUUAUAGCUAUAGUCUAUGCAGUUGUUACCUCCUUUUUUUAUUUUUAAGGACAAAAGAAAAGAUUGGGGUGGAUGGAGGCAGUAGGGAGAUGGGAUUGGGCACCUCCCCCAUGCUGGGGCCUGAAUUUUUGUAAAUAAAUUUCACAAGCAUUUCUUUCUACCCAGAGGGGAUGGGGAGAGGACGCCCAGAAUGAGAUUCCAAUCACCCAUCUCCAUGUGUGUGAGUGCGUGUGUACAUAGGCAAUCCCCACCCUGCUCCCAUCCCAGAGGGAUUGCUGUGAAUUUUUUUUUUGGUGGCAAAUAAAGAUAUUUCAUUCUGUUCAA